GAUGAUGAAGCAGAGCCAGAAAAUGGUAAACCUAGAAGUUGGGAUGAUGAAUUUGUGUUGAAAAGACAGUUUUCAGCUCUAAUACCUGCUUUUGAUCCAAGGCCAGGAAGAACAAAUGUUAAUCAGAUAUCCGAUUUAGAUAUCCCAGCUCCAGGUUCUGAUGUUUUAGAGUUGGAUGACAUUCAGGUAUCAUCAUUACAACCCAAACUUAUAUUACAACUAAAGGGGCCUAAUAUACCAGGUGUGCCUGAUGUUAUACUUGAUUUGCCCAAUCCUGACUGGACAAUAUUUCAUGCUGUUCAACUUUUAGUUCAGGACUCUCAGAUGGGAACUAGACAAGACAAAAUUCGUCGAAUAUGGGAACCAACUUAUACAAUCGUUUAUAAAGAAGCCAAAGAAAGAAAACCCAAGGAUUCUAAAAAUGUUGGGAAACAAAACUCAAAAGAUUCUUUAAAAUUAUGGGAUCAUGGAUUUGCAGCUAUUACUUCAUGCAAUUUACCUUCAGUUUCAAUGGAACCUACUGGUUGUACUGUUGAGGAAGUGUUACAAGUCUUAAGAUUAGUCUACAUGCUUUCUAAAGAAUCUUCUCUUGACUGGGAGGACUCAGUAUUUCAAGUUCCAGCCAAUGACUUCAUUAGCAAGAAGAUAACUACCAAACUAGUACAACAAUUACAGGACCCACUAGUAUUAUCUUCAGGAGCUCAACCAAGUUGGUGUGAAUAUUUAACUUACUCCUGUCCUAUGAUUUUUCCAUUUGAAACUAGAAGUUUAUAUUUUACCUGCACUGCAUUUGGAGCUUCUAGAUCAAUUGUGUGGCUUCAGAAUCAGAGAGAUUUAGCAUUAGAAAGAAACCGUGGUCCUUCUCCUAGACGAGAUGAUUCUCAUGAAUAUCGAAUUGGUAGGUUAAAGCAUGAACGAGUUAAAGUUCCUCGAGGAGACCAAUUAUUGGACUGGGCCAUACAAGUUCUAAAAGUUCAUGGUGAUAGGAAAAGUAUUUUGGAGGUUGAAUUUCAAGAUGAAGAAGGAACAGGAUUAGGACCAACUUUAGAAUUCUUCACUUUGGUUGCAGCAGAACUUCAACGAAGAAACCUAAAAUUAUGGCUUUGUAAUGAUGACAUAAAAGAGACACCAUUUUUAUCAAAAAUUGAAAAUAAUUUUGUCAAGCCACCUGGAUAUUAUGUCAGUAAUUCUUAUGGUUUAUUUCCUGCUCCAUUACCUCAAGACAGUGAAAUGAUUGAAAGUGUUCAAUCAUACUUCCAUUUUAUUGGAACUUUUCUUGCCAAAGCCUUACAAGAUAAUAGAUUGGUUGACUUGCCUCUUUCACGUCCGUUUUUGAAAAUUAUGUGCCAUGGUGAAGUUUUGAGCAAAAUAAGAGAUAGAGAGUCAUUAUCUAGCCCAUCAGUAGCAGAAAUGGUGUCUUCAUUUACUGAAGAUGAUCUGUAUGUAGUGUUAUCUGAGGAACAAAUGAAGAAAAAUAAAAAAUCUAAGAAACCGUUACCAGAACACUCUUAUUCAUGGUUUUAUGGCAUUCUUGGUUAUGAAGAUUUCUUAGAAGUUAAUGAAUUACAAGCUAAGUUCCUGAAGCAACUUCAAGAUUUAGCUUCUAAAAAACAUUUAAUUUUAGCUGACCGAAAUCUUUUAAAAGAAGAUCGUAUAAAUCAAUUAAAAAACUUAUGCAUACCAAUGCCUAAUGCUCCUGGAAUGGCUGUCAAGUUAGAAGAUUUAACUUUAACAUUCCAGUACUUUCCACCAUCAGAAGUCUAUAAUUUCACUGCUGUUGACUUAAAACCAAGCGGAGAAAAUAUUCUUGUAUCACUGGAAAACGUUGAAGAAUAUAUUGAAUUAAUGACUGAUUUUUGUCUACAUAAAGGCAUUCGUAAGCAACUUGAAGCAUUUAAAGCUGGAUUUAAUGUUGUUUUCCCAAUGGAGAAACUUGGUGCUUUCAGUCCUGAGGAAGUAAGAUUGAUGUUAUGUGGUGAUCAAAACCCUUCUUGGUCUAGGGAAGACAUUCUUGCUUAUACAGAGCCAAAAUUAGGAUUUACAAAAGAUAGUCAAGGAUUUCAAAAUUUUGUUAAUGUGUUAAUUAAGAUGGAUGGCAAAGAACGAAAAUCUUUUCUACAGUUUGCCACUGGUUGCUCAUCAUUGCCUCCUGGUGGCUUAGCCAAUCUUCACCCAAGAUUAACUGUUGUUCGAAAAGUGGAUGCAACAGAUGGCAGCUAUCCCUCUGUAAAUACUUGUGCUCAUUAUUUGAAGCUACCUGAUUAUUCAUCUGAAGAAAUUAUGAAAGAAAGGCUUUUAGCGGCAACUAGAGAAAAAGGUUUUCAUUUGAACUGAUUUAAAAUUGUUUUAGUUUUACAGUUUCUUUAAUUGUAUCUACAUUUAAAGCAUCAAAUCUACGAAAGGAUUUACUGCCUGAAUUCUCAGGAACUGUUGACUGAGAAAUUACACAGGAAUUUUGUGUGCCUCCCCUAGUCCUCCAAAUAUAUUUAAUCAUGAGAGCUUCCUUAUAUUUAGAUAAGUACUUUAAAACUGUUGAAGUACCUAUUAUACUUUUGAAAAAGAAAAGGUUCAUUAACUGCCUUUCCAAAGUGGUGCCUCAUGAUUUGCUACAGCAUUGCUGUUGCAGAGUGUAAAUAUCUUUCAUGUCAUACGAUUGUGAUAUUGCUGUGUAUAGCAGUUGAUGGGAUUAAUGAAUUCCAUUGACUAUAAUGAAUUGUCUAUUUAAAAGUAUGUUAAAUAGUUUUCUUUACAAAGUCAAUUUAAUAAUGAUCUGUUAUGUAAUAAAAAUAAUUAUUGCAGAUUUCUCAGAAUUAAACUAUUUUAUCCUGUUUGCUGAACUGUGUGUAGCAACAGGAUAGUCCAUUCCAUAUGCAAGGGACAUAUGUAUUUGUUUUAUUUGUAUAAUUUAAAUAAUGAAUUGAAUCCUCCUAAUAAUUAAAUGAAUUGAUCUUAUUUAUUGAAGUAAUAAUCUAUAUGAUUCAAUCUUUUUUUUUUUUUUUUUUUUUUUUUGUAAAAUUUAGAUAAUGUUUUAUUUGUAUAAUUUAAAUAAUGUGUUGAAUCUUCAUAAUAAUUAAAUGAAUUAAUCUUAUUGAUUGAAGUAAUAAUCUACAUGAUUCAAUCUUUUUUUUUCUUUUCUUUUGUAAAAUUUAAAUAAUGUUUUAUUUGUAUAAUUUGAAUAAUGUAUUGAAUCUUCCAAAUAAUUAAAUGAGUUAAUCUUAUUUAUUGAAGUAAUAAUCUGCAUGAUUCAAUCUUUUUUUAGUAAAAUUUAAAUAUUCUAUUUAAUUUCUAACUUUACUCUUAUUUAACAUUUUUAUAAUUGAAAGUUUUAUACAAAUUUAUUUCUAUAUUUUAAGUAUCAUAGUUAAUUAUCUGUAUAAUUUUAAAAUUCAAAUGCAAUUCUGGAAUAUCAAGUUUAAAAUUGUAUAUUUUUUUAUAAUUGCAGUUGUUGGAAGCUAAGCUAUUUCAUUAGAUAGUGUAAUAAUAAUUGUGAUAUGAAAAGUAAUGAAAAAAAAGCUAAUAACUUCUCUAAAUAAAGAUUCUUUAAAAAUGUU